UAAUGAAAAUAAAGUAAUACAAGUGUGAUAAAACUUGAAAAUAGUAGCUAAUCUAUUUCCGAAGUAAUAAUCUCGAAUCAAGUAUAAAGUUGAUAAUGUCAGCGUUCUACAGUUACUAUCGUGCUGGGAAAAAACAUCGGCACCGGCAUCGGUGAGUCUGAACGUCGGUACGCGCCGAAGCAGUCAUUCUGUGGGAUUUCAUGAAUCUACCUUGCCGGUUCAAGCCCUCCCGUGCCCAUUUUUGGGGCCGCGCGUUAACACAGGCAUUGCCACUCUUUAGUAAUCUCUCCUCGCUGAUUUGGCGCGUAAAUGUCGCGUCAACAUGGCCAAGUAUGAUGUGCAUGGUGUUGAUAGAUUUACGAAAAGUUUUUAAUACACAAUAGUUAUAUUUUUUACAAUUAGUCGUCCAUAAUACAUCUUGCAAAUAAACAUGGAUCAAGACAAUUGUUCUCUAACGUGUUCUAUUACAAUAGAAUGGACGAACUCUCAAGGUAUCAUGCUGAGAAAGCUAAAUCAUCGUACAGCGAUUCUACGUUUGAUCCGAAAUAAUUUUCGUGAAAUGUUCAUCGAAGUACGUGCAGAAAAGUCAAACCAUGCGACGAAGUUAUCCCUGAAAUCUAUAUCCGUUUUCAAUAAAUUUAUGACUGAUGGAAAAGCUUCUAUCAAAUUUAAAGAAGAUAAUGCAACGAUGCUGCUAUCAAAUGCACCGACAGCUCAGCUAAUCAAUUUCUUGAAAACCAUGUACAUUAAGAUUUCUGGACAGUCAGAAGAAACAAUGAAGAAAACAUUAAAGGAAAAACUGCUUUCCAAUAAGCAAUUUGGUGGUCAUGAAGAAAUCAGUCCCGCGACGAGUACUGAAAUAAAUAAAGCUAAGCAGAAAGCUCUCAGCGUGUCACGUGCAACAAUUACAACACCGUCUCCUAGCACGAGUAAAAAAAGGAAAAGGGUGGACGAAAAUGCAGCAAGUCAUCCAGUUGCAAAGAAACUAUAUGAAAAUCCAACAACGACAAAUAUGACGGAAGAACAAAGCAGAAUUGUGGAUGCAGUGCUUAGUGGUAAAAAUAUAUUCUUCACUGGUAGUGCGGGUACUGGGAAAUCGUUUCUACUGAGAAGGAUAAUAUCCGCUCUUCCUCCUGAUGUCACCAUGGCUACAGCAAGUACUGGAGUAGCAGCGUGUCACAUAGGCGGUAUAACAUUACAUCAAUUUGCGGGAAUAGGAUUAGGAACUGCAAAUUUGGAUAGAUGCUAUCAAAUGGCAUCUCGCAAAGCUUCUUUGUGGCGGAAAACGAAACAUUUAAUAAUAGAUGAAAUUUCUAUGAUAGAUGCAGAUUACUUCGAUAAAGUUGAAGCUGUUGCUAGGCAUAUUCGUAGAAAUGACCGACCAUUUGGUGGAAUUCAAUUGAUAUUAUGCGGAGACUUUUUCCAGUUACCACCUGUCUCAAAAGACAAUACUGCAAAAUUCUGUUUUCAAAGUAGCGUAUGGGAUAAGUGUGUGCAUUUCAAUUAUGAAUUACGAAUUGUUCAUAGACAAACAGAUUCCGAAUUUAUAAAAAUUUUAAAUAGUAUCAGAAUAGGUAGAGUGACAGAUGAAAUAGCUGAGACUCUUAAAGCAACUGCUAAACAAAAAAUAGAAGGUAAUGGUAUUUUAGCAACUAGACUUUGUUCUCACGUGAAUGAAGCUGAAGACAUUAACGAGUUUCAACUAAAUGAAUUAAAAGGUGAAUCCAAAGUAUUUACAGCGCAAGAUUCUGAUCCAUCAAUGACUGUAACAAUGAAUCAACAAUUGACUGUUCCUGAUAAACUAGUAUUAAAAGUAGGAGCUCAAGUAAUGUUAUUGAAGAAUAUAAAUAUUUCCAAUGGCUUAGUAAAUGGGGCAAGGGGUGUAGUAAUUAAAUUUGAUCAAAGUGUUCCAGUAAUUCAAUUUAAAUCAGGUAUUCAAUAUCAUGCAAAGCUAGAAAAGUGGAGCAUAAAAACAAAUCUAGGAACUAUAGUUCAUAGAAAACAAAUUCCAUUAAAAUUGGCAUGGGCUUUUUCUAUCCAUAAAAGUCAGGGUUUAACUUUAGAUUGUGUUGAAAUGUGUCUCUCAAGGGUUUUUAAUGCUGGCCAGUCAUACGUAGCUCUUUCUAGGGCACAAAGUUUACAAUCUUUGAGGGUCUUAGAUUUUAAUAGUCAGCAAGUAUGGGCCCAUACAGAUGUACUUACAUUUUAUAAGAAGUUUAGAAGAAAUUUGCAAGAAAUGGAAAUGAUACCUUUAGGAAAGAAACAGAAGAUAUAAACAAAUAAAUAUAUUAUAUUUUUA